GCCUCCCAAGUGCUGGGAUUAAAGAAACAUUGCUGUUGACACUGUGGCCACCUCGUCCAUCCUGCUUCCUGGGGGCGCCUGGGCCAGAAUGGGAGACACCAGAGACAUCUGCCCUCACCUGGACUCCAUAGGAGAGGUGACCAAAGAGGACUUGCUGCUUAAGUCUAAGGGAACCUGCCAGUCAUGUGGUGUUGCUGGACCUAACCUAUGGGCCUGCCUCCAGGUUACCUGCCCCUAUGUUGGCUGUGGAGAGUCCUUCGCUGACCAUAGCACCAUUCACGCACAGGUGAAGAAGCACAACCUGACUGUGAACCUGACUACGUUCCGGGUGUGGUGCUAUGCCUGUGAGCGCGAAGUCUUCCUGGAACAGCGCCUGGCAGUCCACCUGCCCAGCUCCUCAGCCAAGCUCUCAGAGCAGGACUCCCCACCACCCUCCCACCCUCUGAAAGCCGUCCCCAUUGCUGUGGCUGAUGAAGGAGAGUCUGAGUCUGAGGAUGAUGAUCUGAAACCUCGAGGCCUCACAGGCAUGAAGAACCUAGGGAACUCCUGUUACAUGAAUGCUGCCCUGCAGGCCUUGUCCAAUUGCCCCCCACUCACCCAGUUUUUCCUGGAAUGUGGUGGCCUGGUACGCACAGACAAGAAGCCUGCCUUGUGCAAAAGUUACCAGAAGUUGAUCUCUGAGGUCUGGCACAAGAAACGGCCAAGCUAUGUGGUCCCCACCAGCCUGUCCCAUGGGAUCAAGUUGGUCAACCCGAUGUUCAGAGGCUAUGCCCAGCAGGACACACAGGAGUUCCUACGCUGCCUGAUGGACCAGCUUCAUGAGGAGCUCAAGGAGCCCAUGGUAGCCGCUGUGACAACACUCACUGAUGCUCGGGACUCAGACUCCAGUGACACAGAUGAGAGGCGUGAUGGCGACCGGAGCCCAUCAGAGGACGAGUUUCUGUCCUGUGACUCAAGUAGUGACAGGGGGGAGGGUGAUGGGCAGGGGCGUGGUGGAGGCAGCUCAAAGGCAGAGAUGGAGCUGCUGAUCCCAGAUGAGGCGGGCCGAGCCAUAUCUGAGAAGGAGCGAAUGAAGGACCGCAAGUUCUCCUGGGGCCAGCAGCGUACCAACUCAGAGCAAGUGGAUGAGGAUGCUGAUGUGGACACAGCCAUGGCGUCCCUUGACAACCAACCCAGCGAGGCUCAGCCACCAUCACCGAGGUCCACCAGCCCCUGCCGGACCCCAGAGCCAGACAACGAAGCCCACAUACGCAGCUCCUCUCGCCCCUGCAGCCCUGUCCACCACCAUGAGGGCCAUUCCAAGCUGUCCAGCAGCCCUCCUCGUGCAAGUCCUAUGAGGAUGGGGCCAUCGUACGUGCUCAAGAAAGCCCAGGCGCCGAGUACUGGUGGCCGGAGGCGGAAGGAGCAGAGCUACCGCAGUGUCAUCUCAGACGUCUUCAAUGGCUCUGUCCUUAGCCUGGUGCAGUGUCUCACCUGUGACCGGGUGUCCACCACAGUGGAAACAUUCCAGGACCUGUCAUUGCCCAUCCCUGGCAAGGAAGACCUAGCCAAACUCCACUCUGCCAUCUACCAGAAUGUACCAGCCAAGCCAGGUGCCUGUGGGGACAGUUACUCCUCCCAGGGCUGGCUGGCCUUCAUCGUGGAAUACAUCCGACGGUUCGUGGUAUCCUGUACCCCCAGCUGGUUUUGGGGGCCUGUUGUCACACUGGAAGACUGCCUGGCUGCUUUCUUUGCUGCUGAUGAGCUAAAGGGUGACAACAUGUACAGCUGUGAGCGGUGCAAGAAGCUUCGGAAUGGGGUGAAGUACUGUAAAGUCCUAUGUCUGCCUGAGAUUCUGUGUGUCCACCUUAAACGCUUCCGGCAUGAGGUAAUGUACUCCUUCAAAGUCAGCAGCCAUGUCUCCUUUCCCCUCGAGGGACUUGACCUACGCCCAUUUCUGGCCAAGGAGUGCACAUCUCAGGUCACCACCUAUGACCUUCUUUCUGUCAUUUGUCACCAUGGCACAGCAGGCAGUGGGCACUAUAUUGCCUAUUGCCAGAAUGUGAUCAAUGGGCAGUGGUAUGAAUUCGAUGACCAGUAUGUCACUGAGGUCCAUGAGACAGUGGUGCAGAAUGUGGAAGCCUACGUGCUCUUCUACAGGAAGAGCAGUGAGGAGGCCAUGCGUGAGCGGCAGCAGGUGGUGUCCCUGGCUGCCAUGCGAGAGCCCAGCCUGCUCCGGUUCUACGUGUCCCGAGAAUGGCUAAACAAGUUCAACACCUUUGCAGAACCAGGGCCCAUCACCAACCACACCUUCCUGUGCUCACAUGGAGGUAUCCCACCCAACAAAUACCACUACAUCGAUGACCUGGUGGUCAUCCUGCCGCAGAGCGUCUGGGAGCACCUGUAUGGCAGAUUUGGGGGCGGCCCUGCUGUGAACCAUCUGUAUGUGUGCUCCAUCUGCCAGGUGGAGAUUGAGGCGCUGGCCAAGCGCAGGAGGGUGGAGAUUGACACUUUCAUCAAGCUGAACAAGGCGUUCCAAGCUGAGGAGUCCCCCGGAGUCAUCUACUGCAUCAGCAUGCACUGGUUCCGAGAGUGGGAGGCUUUCGUCAAGGGGAAGGACAGCGAGCCUCCUGGGCCCAUUGACAACAGCAGGAUCGCUCAGGUCAAAGGCAGUGGCCAGAUCCAGCUAAAGCAGGGGGCUGACUAUGGGCAGAUUUCUGAAGAGACCUGGACCUAUCUGAACAGCCUAUAUGGGGGUGGCCCUGAGAUUGCCAUCCGGCAGAGUGUGGCCCAGGCCCCAGACCCAGAGAGCUUGCAUGGAGAGCAAAAGAUUGAGGCUGAGACCCGGGCUGUGUGAUUUGGGCCAGUGGCUGUGGCUGGCCCUACUCCCUCUCCAGACAACCCUGCAUCCCUCUGAAGGCUGUGUCCUGCUGAGUGCCCACUGUCCCUGAAGGCUGGUAUUUGCCAUCCCCCAGAGGGUGUGUCUGUGCCCUGCAGCUGAGCUGCUUUGUGCCUGGUGCAGAGACUAAGUGCGGCUGGUCCGUCGGCCAUGAGAGAUGCUGUGCUGGGAAAUAUAUUCUCUCAGACUUCUGAGGCCUCUGACUGUCA